AUGGAAAAUAGCAGACGACCGAGUAUGAUUGUUCAUAUUCCAGUGAGUCUUGCGGAGAAUGGCGACAGGCCUGCUGCUGGUGCUGCUACGGAGGAUCAGCCAGUCCAGCCUAAACGGUCGUCGUUUUCUGUUGCGGGUUUGUUGAAUGAUGUCGAUGAAGACACCAAAUCCCCGGCAGUUCACCACCAGGGUCCUGUAAUCCCUGGUUCAGCCGCUGUGAACUCGACUGGUCACAUCAGCUACGGUGUUGCUGGUGCUACUGGUGGGGAUCAGAAUGGUGGUGGUCUUGGUUCGGGUCCUGCUGGCAAUGGCAGUGUGGCUGCUGGAAUUGCUGGUCAGGUCACGGAUUCUGGUGUUGCCAUUGGUGCUGCUGAUGGUUCUGGAACUGGAAUUGGAGGAACUGUCGCUGGUGGAGGUUUGGUAGCUGGUGGAGGACCUGAUUCUGGUGUCGGUUUCGGGCCUGGAUCUGGUGUCAUUGUCGGUGCUGGAUCACCAGACCCGAAUCUUGUGGGUCAAUCAUUAGACACGUUUGUCCAGCCAGAGGACAUCAGAGCUGGGAGCACACCUCGAGGAAAGGGCAAGCGUGGUUCGAUAUCGAGAGCCAGCGGUGCGACUGGCGAGUCUGAUCUUUCGACUCCUAAAAGUGGUGGUAAAGUCAAGCGGAAAGGUGGAAAACCAGGUCGAAAACCCUCACUAACAGGAGCUGCUGGUGCUGGAACUGGUAGCACUGGCGGUUCUCAGGAUGGGUCGACCACUGCUGGUUCAACUCCCUCAAGUGGUGCCAAACGUACUUAUAAUCGAACUUAUCAGACCCUGUUAAUAGCUACUAAGGUUCGUCAUUUGAAAAAAGGUGAUGGCGAGCCGCUAUGGAGAGUCGACAUUCAGUACGAUUUCUUGAGUUCGGUGUUUAAUAAUACAGCAGAGGUGUUUGGUAACAGCUAUGCUGGUACUGGCAGUAAUUAUACAUUUGCUGAUAUAUAUGUGGAUGCCAUGGCUCGAUCGUCUAAAUGUUCAAAAGUGUUACGUGAAAAGCUGCUGGGAGAUAAAAAAGCUGGAUUGAAUAUGGCUAUGGUGUGUCUUCUGGUCAAUGUCGGUCGUAUGAAUACAACCCUCAAUUUCUUUCCAGAAAUGAAAGCUCAACUUAGAACAUACCAUCCGAUCCCCUCACUACAAUCACGAUCGAACCAGUCGGAUUAUAAACAGCUCCAGGAUGCUCCUCGAUUGAAAAGUAUUUUGAAAGGAGCUUGUGAAGACCGGCCUGAACCGGGUACUUUAGAGGAUCUCAUGGCACCAGAACGAGCCAAACCUCGUACCAACCCCAUUAACUUGUUGUUUUUGUUGUCUACAUAUGCUUCGAAAGUGGAGGAGACGUAUUUCACCGACAAUUUCGAGUUUUUCGAUCUUAUUAUGAAUAAAGAGCUGUCUAGUGAGAGUCGAGCACGCGCGUUUCUGUGGCUGGUAUAUGCUUAUCUUGAAACGGACGGGUCUCGAGAGCAGCUACUGGCCAAUCCAUUCGGUGUUGGCCAACAGGACGGUCAAAGAAUCCCUGCUCUUCGACGAUUGUCACCUGAAGAGGUUGAAUUGGAGAAUGUCGACCCUAUUUCUGAAAAGGAGUUUGGUGCUGAAAUGACCAAAGUGCGUGCUCAAUAUCUGAUUCAAACCAACCAGGUUCCUGAUGACGGUUCUGGAAUGGCAGCUUUAGCUGCUGGUCUUGGAGGAACAUCGGAUUCCGCCAACACUUCAAUGACCACACCACUUGGUGAGACACCAGUACGUCGUGGAGGGUCGACUGGCAGAGGAGGAAGGCGGCUUCUCGAUGAUUCUCACAAUACACCCAGUGGAGGGUCUAAAAAACGGAAAGUGGGUACUCCCACCAAACGAACCCUACGAGCUCGUUCUGCUUAUAAUUAUAAAGAGGUUGGAGAAGACGAAGAAGAGCCCGAUGCAAGUCGUGAAAUGGACUAUGACAACCAACACGGUCAAUUUCCAUCACACGACCAGCAACAACAACAAUUACAACCACUGCAAUCACAAGCACAUGGACCAACAGGACAUAAAACCAAAGUCAAGCUGACAGUCAAACUCGUGAAACGAAGUAAACAAGAGGAGCAGCGAGAGCUGUUGGUCAGCCACCGAAUCAAGCAGAUGCUGCAGGAAAAGUACCAACGUCGUCGAGCAGUCCGUCGACGUCAAGGAGCUCUUCGACGUACCUGGACCAAACUCAAAGACCUCGAUGCUUUAUACAACUCAGACGACGAGCUAGCAUCGCUACAGCACCAAGAGCCUGCACUUAUAGCAUCAGCAGCAGCCACCUCUGCCAGUUUAUACGACAAUGCUGUAUCAGCAGCCUCUUCUACCACCGACGGAACUUCUCAACCACGACGACGUCGGUCCAGAAAAUCGUCACUCGCAGCACCCAUCAUCUCACCAGCCCUCGACGAGUUCCCUGGUGACUACGGCGAAGAGCAGACGGCCAUCACACGAGCACUCACCCGUUCGCUCCGGUGGCUCGAAACCACAAACGACUCACAAUCAUCAUCACUUAACGGCAACCCCGACGGCGACACCGAAACCGAGCCCGAACACGACGCCAAACGCCCGCUCCCGGCCCCCUCACGCCCCGACGUCAUGGGCGUCCAUAAUUUAUUACAGGAAGUGGCCUCCUAA